UACAGUACCACAAACUCCACUGCAGGAAAAAAAUACUAGAAGAUGCCUUUGCCCUCCUCUUUGCGUUUCCCAGAGCCCUGUGCUGCUCUCUGCACAGGGGGCAGGCUGUCUAGUGCACAGGGGAGCAGUAAGGGGUCCCCUCCUAGAGGGGUGCUGCCUGUACCUUCCAGGACUCAGGCUCCAAUGCAGAAAAGGUGCCCCCCAGUCCCCGCCCCCUGACAGUCCCGAGCUGGUUUGGCGCGAGAUUGCAGCGUCCUCCUGACCUUCCCAGUGCAGCGCGUGCUGCCCGGAUCGCACCCGGGCUAUCCGACUAUGACUAGCCGUUACAAGAACCGCUUGCGCCCUGCAGCUGGUAGCAUGGAUCCCUUCGGCAUGCGACAAGCAGACCUUUCAGGAAAGAAGAACUUCAUAGCAUUCCGAAAUAUGAAAUUGAUCCCCAUGGAAACGUCAUCAUCUGAUGACAGUUGUGACAGUUUUGGUUCUGAUAAUUUUGCAAACACCAAACGAAAGUUUAGGUCAGAUAUCACAGAAGAACUGGCUAAAAUUUUUUGUGAGGACUCGGACGAUGAUUCGUUCUGUGGUUUUUCAGAAAGUGAGAUUCAAAAUGUAUUGAAAUUGGAGCCAGACUCUAAGGAAGAUGAUUUAUGUGCUAAGGAGAAGUUGCAAUACAGGAGAUGUGAGACACGCUCGAUUCCUCUGAAAGUGGCUAUGAAGUUUCCAACUCGAAGGUCUAAAAGGGGGAAGAGCGAAAUAGCAUCACCCCCUGAAAUACAACCAUCUGCUCUGGAUUCUGACUCUGAAGAAAAGGGCCCCAAAUUCUUAGAGAAAAGAGCUUUAAAUAUAAAGGAAAACAAAGCAAUGCUUGCAAAACUAAUGGCUGAAUUAAAAAAUGUCCCUGGUAUUUUCACUGGCGGAAGAUCAUUGUCAACUACCAGCCCACGACCAAAACGGGCUCCAAGAAGCUCGUUUCCCCAAAAUGCUUUAAGGAGGAACCCAGACCGAAUUUCUCGGCCUCACACAAGAUCCAGGUCCCUGAUUGAUGGGCCACCUACUCCUUCACAAGAGGAGGAAGAAGAUGACAGGUACAGCUUAGUGAGGAGAAGAAAGCUAUCUGAUGAAUACUCAGAGCGAGAGAUUCGAACUCCCAGGAGAAGUCGCCCUGGUGCUAUGGCUCUUCCUCACAUAGUGCGUCCAGUGGAAGAAAUAACAGAGGAAGAGUUGGAUAAUAUUUGUGAAACUGCCCGAGAUAAAGUAUAUAACCAGGUGAUGGGAUCCACUUGUCAUCAGUGUCGCCAAAAAACUAUAGACACAAAAACAAACUGUCGUAACCCAGACUGUGUAGGUGUGCGAGGUCAGUUCUGUGGACCUUGUCUUCGCAAUCGAUAUGGGGAAGACGUCAGGACUGCAUUGCUGGAUCCAAACUGGCGCUGCCCACCUUGUCGUGGAAUCUGCAACUGUAGCUUCUGCAGACAGCGGGAUGGUCGGUGUGCUACUGGUGUGCUGGUUUAUUUGGCCAAGUAUCAUGGCUAUAACAAUGUUCAUGCUUACUUAAACAGUCUGAAACGUGAACUCGAAAUGGAAGAUUGAGGUUGUGAUGAGUUGUCAGGAGCACCUUUCUGUAGUCAUGUGCUCUUUCAUCCAUGUCAGAAUUCAUGUGCCAUUAAUUGUUCAACAGCUGAGAGUUUUAAUCUCAGGAUGAUCAGCAUUUUCUUUUUUUCAGGUAAAAAGGGACUAUCCUGGAAAAUCUUUGUCAAUAGGUUUUCCACAAAUCAUGUUGAGUCCUUUAAAUAUUGUUGGAUAGGCUUUCUUUCCCCUUCCUGUUCUUACGCAGUCUGGCUGGCGUCCACUUUUUUCCUCCCCUUCCUCCCUGAAAUGGGAGGUGAGACUUGACUUGGCUUUAAACUGUUAGUGUCUUGUUCACACAGGUGCCCUGACUGCAGUUUUUAUCUACAGUUAACAGUUACUGAAAUUGUUAAAUGCAUUUAAAAUAUUAAUAGCUGUGUUUCUCAUGGACCCAAGAGGAAAUGUAGAAGUUACUCCUUGGCCUGGUGAAGCUGGUUAACUUCUGUCUCAUUAAAAUUUUAAGAUUAUUUCAGGAAGAGUAACAGUAGCAAAUAGAAGCUGAAACCUUUUACACACGGUGAUAGAUCUGCUUUAAAAUUAACAAUGCCAAAAUCAUCACUAGUCCCUCAAGUUUAAAGAGGAAAAACUUACUUGAGAUUGUUUUAAAACUUCUUUACAAUGCGUAGAUUUCCAGCAUUUGGUUUUAUAGAGGGCUUAGAAGUGCAAAACAGUGGGGCCAAAAAUGCUGCAUACAUGAGGAAUUAAUAUAAAUGUUUAAGGUUUCCAGAGUGUGACAAAAUGGGAAAAAUACAACUGAAAGACUACUUUUGAGUAGUCAAAAAUCUUGAUGGGCUCUUAUGAUACCUUCCUUUGUGAUGUGAGCCUGGAACACAGCUGAACACUUAUAGGGCAGCUGCGUUUUUCCCCACUGAACUAGUACUGCUGCUGCUCCACUGCUAAUAGAAAUGACGCCGAUGAUAAUGUGGGUUGCCAGCAGUGAUGGAAAAUGACUGCACCUUGUUUAUAUAGGUGUUUCCACUAUUGCUGCCAAUAGCGAUGCUGCAUCAGUGCAAAGUGAAUAGUGAGACAUUACUGGUAAGUAAGUGCAAGACCUCAAUUUGGUGUACAGGCAGGUCAGUUUGAGAAGCUUAUUUAAUCAGUCACAAAUGAGGUUGCAAGAUCAAAUGUAAUAAAUCAUGUACUGCUUUUAGAACUUUAUGGACAAAUGGUCUCUAGCCAUUUGGAGCUGGAGCCUGAAUUUGCAUUUAUUUUGUAGGAGCCAGUGGUUUCAAAGCCCAUAGUUAGGCGGGACCCCGUCUUGUACAAAACACAUCUAGCUAUGUAGUGCUGCUCAGAUUUGGAUAACAAAGUCUUUUAAAAAGAAAUUAAAUAUCCUGACUGAUGGGGUAUUAAAUGAGACUUACAACCCUUUUCCCUAACGGCUAAAGAGUAAUAGUCUAGUAGUGCAGAUGUAAUGGUUGAAUAUAUUUUGGUAGCAUUCACACAUGCUGUUGCCUGCUUCUGAAAACAGUCUAGCUGUAUUCCCACUUAAAGUGGCCUCAGCCUAGCUGUAGAAAGUUAUUUUGCGUGACAUAAUUAAUGAACUAUAAGUACAGCUAAAAGCAAGGACUUAAUGUUGAAAAGAUCUAGUGUGCUGCAUGAUGAGACCACUGUAUACUCAAAGCAAUGGAAAGAGCACUACAUCAGCUGAACCUGUACAGUUAAUGAAGAUUUAUAAUAUUCCAUUCUGUCCCAAGCUGGAUUUGUUGAGCCAUAGCACUAGAUACGGUCUUGGAUCUUUCCGCUAGUUGGAUAUUUUAUGCAACAACUUCUUUCUCUAGCGGUUUUUGCCCCUUCCCACAAUUCAGCAUCUCAUACUGCAGCCAGGAACUAUAGUAAGCUAGAGUGAGAGUCUUCAAAGGCAGUUAGGCAUCCAACAACUCCCACUGUCAUUGUGUAUCUCUGAAAAUCUCCGUCCUCCAACUAUUUUCUUUUAAUUAUGUCAAAGUUUGAACUUAUGUAUAGUCUAUGAUGGAUAACGCCUCUCAUCCUAAAUAGAGUGAAUAUUUCCUUCUUGGUCAAAAAUCUAAGGUUGAUCUCUUGUAUUUCAUGAAGAGGGAACUUUGGAAAUAUAUGUGUUGUGAUAAUUCACAUGACCUUCUAAUUGCUGUACCUGCCUUUGGGUUGCUAAGCUGUGUAAGUAUUUCUGAAAGGUUAGUCUUUAAUUCCCACCUUAAACAUGUCAUGUGAAUAAAUGCUGUAACUGGGUCAUCUGAUCUAUGAAGUGCUUCUGUACAAAAUUUUAUUUUGAUAAUAAAAGCUUUGACAAGA